AUGUCGACCUUUGGCGAUGUCUUCCGGGUCACCACCUACGGCGAGUCCCAUUGCCGAUCCGUAGGAUGCAUCGUCGACGGCUGCCCGCCCGGCAUGGAGCUGACCGAGGACGACAUCCAGCCGCAGAUGACGCGCCGCCGCCCGGGCCAGAGCAGCAUCACCACGCCGCGCAACGAGAAGGACCGCGUCGUCAUCCAGUCGGGCACCGAGUUCGGCGUCACCCUCGGCACCCCGAUCGGGCUCGUCGUGCUCAACGAGGACCAGCGGCCGAAGGACUACGGCAAUAAGACGAUGGACCUGUACCCGCGGCCGAGCCACGCCGACUGGACCUACCUCGAGAAGUACGGCGUCAAGGCGAGCAGCGGCGGCGGCCGGAGCUCCGCGCGCGAGACCAUCGGCCGCGUGGCCGCCGGCGCCAUCGCCGAGAAGUACCUGCGGCUCGCCUACGGCGUCGAGAUCACCGCCUUCGUCACCUCCGUCGGCGCCGAGCACCUGUUCCCGCCGACGGCGGAGCGCCCGUCGCCGAGCCGCGACCCGGCCUUCCUGGAGCUGCUGCGCACCGUCGACCGCGCCACCGUCGACCGCUUCCUGCCCGUGCGGUGCCCCGACGCCGACGCCGCGCGCCGCAUGGAGGCGCUCAUCGCCGAGUUCAAGGCCCGCGACGACAGCAUCGGCGGCACCGUCACCUGCGUCAUCCGCAACGUCCCGAGCGGCCUCGGCGAGCCCUGCUUCGACAAGCUCGAGGCGAAGCUCGCCCACGCCAUGCUCAGCAUCCCCGCGACCAAGGGCUUCGAGGUCGGCUCGGGCUUCGGCGGCUGCGAGAUCCCGGGGUCCGUCCACAACGACCCUUUCGUGCGCGCGCCCGCGCCUGAGGGCGGAGCGGCGGCGCCGGCCGUCGCCGGCAUCCCCCGCCCGACGCUGACCACCAAGACGAACAACUCGGGCGGCAUCCAGGGCGGCAUUUCCAACGGCGCGCCCAUCUACUUCCGCGUCGCCUUCAAGCCGCCCGCCACCAUCAGCCAGGCCCAGACGACGGCGACGUACGACGGCGCGGCCGAGGGCGUGCUCGAGGCCAAGGGCCGCCACGACCCCUGCGUCGUGCCCCGCGCCGUCCCCAUCGUCGAAGCUAUGGCGGCCCUCGUUGUCAUGGACGCCCUCAUGCAGCAGAUGGGCCGCUACGAGGCCCGUAGGAACCUGCCCCCGCCCAAGCAGGCCGCGACCGCUUCAGAAUAG